CUAGCAAAACAAUUGAAAACCAAAAUAUCCGGUGCAUCUUUGCCACUUAACAAAGGGCAAUUUCUACGUUUCUUUUUACUGGUGCAUAGGUCUACGAAUUUACAUGCCUUAGCCAUUGUGCUUUUACGAAAUGAAUGAAUGAAAAAAAGAACAAAAAUAUGCAAACGGUAAUAGCAUAACAUAAAAAAAUAAAGCAGCAGAAGUAAUACCAUCGAGAAUCGGUGUUAAUAAAAGUAAAUCAACAUGAACGCAAAUGAACGAGAGAAAAUUUUCAAGUCAUGGUCUGGCGUUAGCGAGGUGGCUCUUAUUAAAGAAGUCGCCACCAAAGGUGAAAACAUAGAUCUCUGCAUACAAUAUUGGGCUCGCAAACGUAAAAUGCCUGCAACAGAAUAUGAAUUAUUCUUUCAUGAUGUAGUGCAAACAUAUGUGCAACGUUUACUAACGGAGCGAUUGGUUUGUAAAGCUGAGAGUGUGUUAAGUAAUGUUCAACGUGAUGUGCGUUAUUUCUACUAUCAAUUUGCUUGCGAAUGUGAUGACCCAGAAUUAAAGGAAAUCGUGUUAGAUCACUUGAAAAAGAGGGAAUCUUAUGAUUACAACAAGCUAAUUCAAAAUCUAGAAUAUUACUGGCAAUUGUUACUGCAACUAAAGCAAUCGGAUCAUAUUAUGGUCAAUAUAAAAAAGCAUAUGCGACGUAUUAAUCUGGAAACGUUAGUGAAAUUAGAUACAAAUACAUUACAACGAUUGCAGGUGGAAUUAUAUUUUGAAACUCGGCGACACGAAAUAUUGGAAUAUAUCGAUAAAGGCAUUCUUUGGCGUUAUUUAGUUGAAAUUAAAAAUGUUUCCGAUAUUAUACGCUGGUGCCUGCUGCAAAACAUUCCCAAAGGUUUUUGCUCAACACCGCCAAGCACGGAAUUAGAAAAUAAAUAUGCCGAAUGGUCUAUAGAACCAGAAAUGUUUGACUAUGCUCUCGAUUGUUUCCAGGAUAUAAACGAUGAUUCGCUACGUAAUUGUUUUGCGGCAGCCGGUUACUUUUUCCCCGCAGAAAUUUCAAAUGUUGAAAUAAUUUUGCGACGUAUUUCUGUGACCCAAAGUUUUGGACAAAAUAAUAAUCAUUGGGAAAAACUUCAGUUGGGACAAUUAAUAUGGCAAAAAAAGCUUUAUUAUUUGUUGUUGCAAGAUUUUAUAAAACCAAAUGAACUCAAAGGCUUGAUAGUCGGUAACAAUCCUUUGAUGGAGUUUAUAAUAGCACUGAAAACACAUUCACUAAAAGAAGCUGAUGAAUUUAAAAAGGUUUCCCUGUGUGCAACAAAAUAUUUAAAAAGUCUGGAUAUUGAUCUGUAUCAGCAGCAGCCGUUAAUCCGUGUCUUCGAAUUGCUUAAUGAAACUCCAAGCAUUACGAAAUUACAACAGAGUCUAAAGGAAGAUCUGUUGCCACAUCUUAAUUAUUUGAAAUUGCAUUACCAACCAGAAGAUGAGAAUUCUACUGGGAGGACUUUACCAACGCCUUAUGAUCUCUUAAAAGUUUUUAAAGACUUGGAUUUUAAUAUAAUUAAUAACGAGCGAAUAACUUUUUUAAAUACCUCGGAUAAUAAGCAUAUCAAAGAGAAGGAUGAUCCAACAAUGCAACUCACUUAUAUACAUUAUAUUAAGCAAUCUCGCAGUGCAUACGCCGUCUAUCGUUUGAUUAUCGAUCAUUUGAAGAACUACGCGCAAAUAUCAAAAUCACAAUUUUUCAUGGCAUGUGAGUGUGUUUACAAACUAGCACUGCAAACAACUUUGGAUACUGACUUGACUAUACAUUGCAUUGCUUUUGCCGAAAUGCUAGGUUUCGACACAAAGGAGUUACGUUGUUUGUUCAAAUUAAUGCAUUCGUUAAAAGCAAAUCAAAAACAAUCGUGCACAUAUUCAAUUUCACUUAUGCAAGAUGCCGAAAACAAUUUAAUAAAAAUUUUGAAAGACAAAGAACAAUUCCCAUUAGAUGAUUUCAAAGCUAUAAUGGUUGUUGAAAUGGGCCAACUAUUCGAUCAAGUGGACCAGGCUCCGCAUGUAUCGUUAGUAUUGAAACGUUACGCGAACUCCAAUCAAUACUGGCAAUUACUGGUGCUCUUAGAUUAUUUUGACAUUCCAUUGGAUUAUGUGAAACGAUUAGUCAAGUCUUUCGGUAUAGUAGAAAUGGGAAAUCAUUUGUUGCGAGCCCUAUCUCAAAAUCAGAUGUUUUCGGGCGAACGAGACCGUUUAAAAAGACGUUCAAGCGUUACGCGACGCCAGAUAAAGCAAAAAGGAAAAAAAGUAAAAGAUAAACCACAACAUACGACGACCUCUGUAGAAACCAUUACGUCAUCAAUGACAUCGUGCAAUGAAUCGACAACAAUUGCGAGCCAAAUGCAAGCAUCAGCUUUUAAUAAUGCUUGCGUGCUAAACGAAUGCACAACCGAUACUCCUUUGGAUGUUUUUGCUCUUAUUCUUUUGAAUACGAAUAGUGCUUUGACAGAUGAGCGAGUCGUUGAUGCUAAAACUUUCCUAGAAUAUAUGCAAAAUUCGCGUAGGGAAAAGCUUACGAGAAGUACGACGAUAAAUUUUCUACAUUGUGCCAUCGAAUACCGUCUACCCAUAUUGGCUGUACUCGCUGCCUCUUUAGAUACCGAAAUGUGUGCAAAUCCUAAUUGGUGUUGGCUGGUAUGGCUAUCUGUAACAACUGGUCGAUGGCUUAAUACGAUUGAAAUUUUAACUAAUAAUGUUCAAUAUUUUCCUUGGAAUUUUUUUGAAAUCCUCAUACAACACCGUCAGAUUCAAGCUUUAGUGCGUAGCUUUCGCAUUUUUUAUGCAGAAAAUCCGUUGAAACAUCUUUUCAGUUUUUUCGAAUUAACGGCAAUAAAGAAUGAAUUUGAUGAAGCAGCUGUACAUGAGUUAAGAUUAUAUUGCCUAGCUUUGAGUAACAAUGAGGUAAAAGCUCCGCUUAGCCCUUUGGCAAGACGCGAGAAGCUGAUGGUGCGUUCGGUUCGUUUAAUUCUUUUGCAUUUGCAACACAAUUUUGAUUCUGCCCAGGAGCAAAAAAAUUUUUUAAAUUGCGUUUGCAGGUCCGGCUUAAGCGACAUUACGGGCCAAUUGGAUUUCUGUUUUUUAAAGGAUUUCUGUGAAAUAUUACAAGCAAGUAGAACGCGAUUUAAUCUGAAUUUCAUUGAGCUACUCCAGGGAGAUUGCACAAACGAGUAUGAACGUGUAUUGUCAAAAGUACUCGAAGCUAAAGAAUAUAAUGUAGCGAUACGUUUAGCCUCACGUUUACAAAAACCGAUUAGCGAUAUUAUCUACAAUAAAUGGAUAAACUCCUUAGAGCUACAAUUACAGGCAUCUCCUCCCCUAAGUAAUUUCGAUAAUUUCAUAUUACAGUUUGAUCAGCACGAACAAGAAAUAAUUACUUAUUCCUUACCGCCUGAGACACUAGUAAAUUUUCUCCUUUUUGCAACGUCUCGUUUGCCAAUGGAAGAAGCCUCGCGUACACGGUACCUUCUACUGCAGAAGGCUCUCAAUGUUAUUAAACGUCAUCAUUUGUUUCCCAAUGAAUCAUUUGAUCGGGAUAACAUUGAAUACGAUAUGAUAAUCGCGUAUUUAUCGCUGAACGAUGAAAGCAAAGAAAAUAUGUUGCCUUUAUAUCAUUCCGAAUACUAUGAGCAAAUUAUGUUGCAAGAACGUUGUGUGCUCUAUAAAUCCUUCUUGGAAUUGAAAGAGCUGGCUGGCAUUGAAGAUCUUAACAUUGGCAAGAAAAUAACUUUAAGCGAGAAACAGCGUAAAUGUUUAGAGAAUUUAUUGAAUCGGCUUUUAGACGAGGGUGAUAUCGUGGAAGCUUUACGCUUACAAGAGUUGUUUGAAGUGAGACCUUUAGAUUUGCGUUUCAUUGUAUUCUGUAUGGCUUUGGCUGAAGGCCUAUCGAAUGUGUAUGUAAUGUCGGCAGAUGAACGACAACUCUUUGGCGAAAUUGAAAAAACUGCUUUCUCCAAAUUCAAUAAGCGCACGUUAUGCACAACACACGGCCAUAUGUCAGACAGUUGCUCUACGCUGGAAUUUGAAGAAAUACCCUCGAAAGAAAAGCAAGAAACUUUGGCCAUAUUGCAGGGCAUUGCUUCAAAGCUUCAACACGGCGAGAAUUUAGCAAAACGCAUAAUAUGCGCUUAUCGUGCUGCCAUGUAUCUGGAUAAGGAAUAUAUAGAUAUUUUACGCACUAAAGACAUUCAAGUCUUAUUGCGCAGCGUGGCUGACGAGGAUUGCAUACAUCGCCUAAUGGUUGUAAGUGAUAUACUCACAAGUACAGAUAUGAACUCACAGGAUAUCGCAGAACUAUUGGCAUUUGAGAUAACAACAGCCGUGGUACGACCACGAUUUUAUAUCUUUAGUCCAGAUCAACAGGCAAAAACUUCAUUUCGUAAUGCCGAUCUCUGGGGCUACAACAUUGAUCGGGAUCUUCAUUUAUUUUUGGAAUUAACACCUGACCGAACUAAAUUAGGUGUCUGUCUAUUGGAAUAUUGUGAUGCUCUUAAAAUUUACCGCAAAUAUCAGGAUAAUAAGCCUUAUGCAAGCAAUAUUUAUUUUGAACAUUUAGUAGAGAUGAUUACACGUUAUGGCAUACCGUCCAAUAAUGCAAUGGCAACGGAACGCACUACAAUGAUCGCAAACGAGUCUCCGCCUUCUCAAGUUCUUUCCCAUAAAAAACAAAAUAUUAUUUAUGUUGAACUUUUAAUAAAAGCACACCAAUGCUUUGUACACGAGUGUUCUAUGGAAGGUAUAGCAAAUGUUCUCAAUCGUGCCAAGACUCUAAAUACGGUACUCGCCCAGGCUAAAUCCUGGUCUCUAAUUGUAAGAAUGCUGACUGGCAUUGCCCGCUACCGUGAGAUGUACUUUUGCUUUGAUACUCUCAUUGAAAACGAACAAUUUGAAUCACUUUUGGGACAAUUCGACGAACACAAAUCUGUCGGAUUACGUCAAGCAAUUUUGGCAUAUUUACGAGAAUAUUGCACUCCGCAACAAUGCAAAGAAUUAUUUAAGCUGUCGGCUUUGCACUUCAUGAUGUAUAAAGAUUUAGCCAAAUUUUGGGAACAAGAUGCUCAGACCCUAUUAACUCAAAUUUAUACAACAGCGCACGUACCCGAAGUUAAUAGCUCAGAAAUAACUAAACUAAACGCAUCUUCAGAUGUCUUGACGCAGUUAAAUCAAUCGCUUGAAUACUAUAUACAUGCCACAGAGAAUUACUUGCUCGAUAAUAAGCUGUUAUUGGCUCAAAGAAGCUCUUACCAAGCGGAAUUGACGGCUAUGCAAAUCGACUUGGUCAACAAGGCUUUGGAACAAUCAUCCAUGGGCAAUCGUAUCACUUGCGUCUGUGUCAUCAGAUUAAAAUCUCGCGAACAUUUUAAAAAUUUAAUCUGCUACGAGCUAAGCGUACCGCAGUCAUUGAUAAUAAGUCGGGCAUUUGGCUAUGACAUUAACUGGUCCGAAGGGCUUCUUAAUCAGUUUGUCAUAAAAACGAAACGUUCUUAUCUCACUGAAUUUUUGCAACACGUUGAAGUAAGCGAUGACAUCAUCGAAAAUGUGAUUAAAGGCUUUCAGGUCUAUAGUCAACAUGCAAAUAAAAUCACCCAUAAUAUGGAAGAGCACUUAACUGAGCUCAUCGAUCUGGUUAGAUCUGUGACUCUAAAGUAUAAGCUCGCUUCCGUUAUAAAUUUGAAAUCAACAGUAAUGUCAUUGAUCAAUGACCAAACCAUUCAUUACCUAAGAGACAUGAACUUUAGUCGGCGAGACGAUAAUCGCAAUGCAUAACAAUUGAAUUGAAGUGUUUAAUGUUUUUAUUUAUUUUUUUUUUUUUAUAAAUGUUAAUAUGCAUGUAUAAAUUACAAUGAAACAAUUUGUUCUAACUUUUUUAGCUACGUUAUAAUAUUAAUGGGUGAGUAUGGUGUAUGUAUGCUUUUGAAUAUAUUGUAAAUGUUCGUAAGUCUGUUAAGUAUCCAAUAAUGGAUCUGCUUGUAUGUACUUUGUAUUACUUUUGAUUACUUUUGAUUUCGUCCGCAUAGAAUGACGGCAACUCCGAUUGCAAA